AUGCGCUGCUCUCUCUCUCCGUCGUGGCCUCGUUCUCUGCUGCUAGGUGCCGUGGCCUUGUGUGCCCUGGCCACCGCCCAAACCUACACAAGCUGUAACCCAACGGCCAAGCGCUGUCCCCCUGAUGUUGGCCUGCCCGUUCCCAAGUACAGCAUUGACUUCCGCAAUGGCCCGGAUAACAACCAUUGGUCAUCUGUUGGCACGGGGUCCGUCACGUACACGCCCAAUUUCGGCGCUGCCUUCACUAUCAACAAGCAAGGUGACUCCCCCACCAUAGAGACAGCCUGGUACUUCUUUUUUGGCCGUGCCGAGGUGCACAUGAGGGCAGCCAGUGGCACGGGCAUCGUCAGUUGUGUGGUCCUAGAGUCGGAUGACUUGGACGAAAUUGACUGGGAAUGGAUCGGCGGCGAACGGAAAGAGGUGCAAACCAACUACUUUGGGAAAGGGAACACAACCACCUGGGACCGUGGCGGCAAGACCGCCAUGGGAGACACCCAAGGGCUGAUACAUAACUACACCAUCGACUGGACCCCAAGCCUGGUAACAUGGUAUAUCGACGGUGCCAUUGUCAGAACCCUGGCCUAUCAAGAUGCCCUCGGUGGCCGCAAUUUUCCUCAGACGCCCAUGAGGCUGAAACUGGGCAUUUGGGCCGGAGGGGAUUCAAAUAAUCCAAACGGGACAAUUGACUGGGCCGGCGGCGUCACCAACUACACCCAGGGACCGUUUACCAUGUACGUAGAGAGCGUCUUGGUCACGAAUCUGAAUCCAGCGGCGAGCUAUUUUUACUCGGAUUUGUCCGGAAGCUGGAAAAGCAUCUCCAUGACAAAUGUCACAACCGGGCCUGUGCCAAGCCAAGCCCCAAAACCGAUGCCGGUAGGAGAGAGCGGCGGUGGCCAGGGUCGUGAGAAAGGGACAGACAAAAGAGACAAGGGCGGAAUCACCAGUGACGAGGAGCCCUUUGUGACCCACGACGUGACCGAAACAGCAUCUGGCGUGGCUUCCUCGGCGACCGGUUUUGUCGGACAUGGUGGAAACCCCAUCACAACAACCACCAUCGUUUCCACAGACCGCCCUACGGAGCCUGCCUACAUCAUUUCCGGAGGAAGUAGCUUGACGACUCGAUUUGGUCUCGUGGGGAUCUUGAGUGUUGCGGUGUGUACAGUGGGAAUGCUGGCAGCAGUUUAA